AUGUAUCAAACUUCCGUUCUUUCUUCGCUCUCUUUGCUUCUCGCCGCCUCCAGUGCGCAGCAGGUCGGCACGCAGAAGGCCGAGACGCACCCGAGCCUUACGACGCAGAAGUGCACCACUGACGGUGGCUGCACCGACCAGGCCACCCAUAUCGUCCUCGACGCCAACUGGCGCUGGCUUCACACCACCGAGGGCUACACCAACUGCUACACCGGCCAGGAAUGGGACACCUCCAUUUGCUCCGACCCGGAGGCUUGCGCUAAGGGCUGCGCCCUCGACGGUGCCGACUACGAGGGAACCUACGGUAUCACGACCGAAGGAAACGCUCUCACCAUGAAGUUCGUCACGCAGGGCUCGCAGAAGAACGUUGGUGGUCGUGUCUACCUGCUUGCUCCCGACUCGGAGGAUACGUACGAGCUCUUCAAGUUGAAGAACCAGGAGUUCACUUUCGACGUUGACGUCUCCGCACUUCCGUGCGGCCUGAACGGUGCGCUGUACUUCUCCGAGAUGGACUCCGACGGUGGCAUGUCCAAGUAUGAGAACAACAAGGCCGGCGCCAAGUACGGCACUGGAUACUGCGACACCCAGUGCCCCCACGACAUUAAGUUCAUCAACGGAGAGGCCAACAUCCUCAACUGGACCAAGUCUGAGACCGACGUCAACGCCGGUUCUGGUCAAUAUGGCUCCUGCUGGACCGGCAACCACUUUUCCAACCCCUAUCCCAAACCUUCACCACCACUCCCCAACCACCCCCAACACAUAUAUAUGUAUAUUUCGCAUGCUGACGACCCCCUGAUUGUCGGCCAGGUCCGCUGCAAUGGAACGGAGUGCGGUGACGGUGACAACCGCUAUGGCGGCGUUUGCGACAAGGAUGGCUGUGACUUCAACCCUUACCGCAUGGGCAACGAGACUUUCUAUGGCUCGAACGGAUCUGUUAUCGACACCACGAAGAAGAUGACCGUCAUCACUCAGUUCAUCACCUCUGACAACACCACCGAUGGUGACCUCGUUGAGAUCCGCCGCAAGUACGUCCAGGAUGGACAGCUCUUCGAGAACUCAUACGCCGAUUUCGACACCCUCGCCAAGUUCAACUCCAUCUCGGACGACUUCUGUGAUGCUCAGAAGACUCUCUUCGGUGACGAGAACGACUUCAAGGCCAAGGGUGGUGUCGCUCGCAUGGGCGAGUCCUUCGCGCGCGGCAUGGUCCUCGUCAUGAGCAUCUGGGAUGACCACGCGGCCAACGCUCUCUGGCUCGACUCGAGCUACCCCGUCGACGCUGACGCGACCAAGCCUGGUAUCAAGCGUGGCCCUUGCGGAACUGACACGGGUGCUCCGGAUGAUGUCGAGUCGGAGUCCCCCGACGCGACCGUUGUCUACUCCAACAUUCGCUACGGUGACAUUGGCUCCACCUUCUCCACUGCUUAG